AUGGGAGAACGCAAAGUCCUGAACAAGUAUUAUUCUCCGGAUUUUGAUCCAAAGAAGAUCCCUCGCCCCCGGAAACCGAACAACCUGCAAAAGAAGAUUCGAUUUAUGCUUCCGGUUCGUGUUCGGUGCAACACAUGUGGUGCUUACAUGUCUGAAGGCACUAAAUUCAAUUGCCGUGAAGAAGAAGUCAUCAACGAGACGUACCUAGGGAUUAAAAUCCACAGGUUUUAUAUCAAGUGCACCAACUGCUCGGCAGAGAUAACAAUCAAAACCGAUCCAAAGAACUCGGGUUAUGUUGUCGAAUCAGGUGCAAUUGGCCCUUAUAAUGGACACGCGGAGGAGGAAGAGAAGCAUGAGGUAGCCGAAAACGCCUUGGAGUCGUUAGAGAAGAAAACUAAGGUAUCUAAAAGAGAGAUUGAAGUUAUGGCUGCGCUUGAUGAGAUGAAGUCUAUGAAGUCUAGACGAGCCUUGGUGAGCUUAGAAUCACUGCUUGAGGCUUUGAAUAGAAGAAAAAAACAAGAAGAAGAGAACGUGGAGGAAGAAUUGCUCAUUAAGUCUAUAAAAUUUGGUAAGCAGACUAGGAUUGAUGAAAAGAAAAACGAUGAGUCUUUAGAUGAGAAGAAGAAGAAGCCUAAGAGAUGUGUUAACGGUACAUCUUCCCUUCAAAUCUCUUCUGUUCGCAUAAUCUCGAAGAAGACCGGGACUCGAAUCUCUAUGUCAAAACUACGGCACAGACAGCGAUUAGGAGAAGUAAAUCCAUGUUUUUUAUCUAGCUGCGGUUUUUAA